AUGUCUACUGACACUGGGCAAGUUCUCAACCAACAACUAUGUACUAAAGAUAUGGUCAACUGCACAUGUACGCACUACAAGUUGGGUGUAGUUGAUAAUAUCUUCAGUGCGUUCCACAGUGUCAGUGGUGAUGCUCAUUGCGUGUUUAGUCUACGUACUAAAGAUAUGGUCAACUACACACUUACGCACUACAAGUUGUGCUUAGUUGACCAUAUCUUCAGUGCGUUCAACAUUGUCAGUGUUGAUGUGCAUCAAGUUCCAACUACGCACUACAAGUUGGGCGCAGUUGACCAACAAAUUGACAUUCAACAGUUGAACAACAACCUGAGGAAGUUGAAUCUGGCCCAUAAUAAGCAACUUAUUGAAGAAAGCUUUGCAACAAACAAAUGGGACUUGCACUUCAGCAUAAAAUUUUAUACUCACUGUUGUACUCAACCUGAUAAGCAACUUGCAAUGUUCAAAGUCUUACUUACUCAGAGGUUCAUACCCACAAGUCAGCAAGUUACCACAUUAUAA